AUGAAUGAAUUAACAAUAUCAAUUCAAAGGACCGAAGAGGGUUAUAAGCCUGUCCCAACUAUUAUGCCUAUUAAACGAUCAUCUGGACGUUUAGGACCUAUUGGUGGUGGUGUUAAUAACAAUACACGAAGAGCAUGUGAGCAGAUGGUGUCGUCAGUACCAUUAGUGAAGCACUCUACAUUUCCUGUUGUGCCAAAAUUAUCCCGUAUAUCAUUUCUUUCUCUCAGUCUAAUGCUGUGUUUAACAUCUACACUAACUCAGCACAUGUAUCUGUAUAGAACUGUGUGGUGGUUACCGAAUUCGUCGAUCGAAUACCCUGUAGAAUUUGACUCAGUCGACCAUUAUGUUACGGCCCAUAUAAUCUUUAUGCUGUGUACUCCGUAUGUCUAUUUAAUAGUACUUAAGCUUCUUCCUUCAUUUAUAAUGACAUCACUGAUAAUGCGCUCAGUCUUGGGUUUACUCAUUUUUACUUCCUGGGGCUACAUCAUGAUCUGGAUUUUAAAUCGGAUAGAAUAUUCCGGGACAACAAUCUUGUAUCACCUAUCCGGAAUAUUUUUGCUGGCGUAUUUUCCCAUACUGACUCUCUUAGUUUACCAUUCUCGUUAUUUGGAGAAAAUCGUUUGUCAAGACAGUCGUCAUCAUCAGCCAAAUGGUACUGAUAGUACUAAUAAUAAUUAUUGGGGCGACAGUAGUUCAAGAGUUGUAUAUCGACCGUCUGUUUUCAGGUUAAGAAAUUGUCUACAGCUGUUUACAUCAUCCUGUUGGCGAUGUCUCACAAUCAUUACGGAUUGGCCAUGUUUACCUAUUGAGAACAUGUUUUUUCCAACGCCAUAUACAUUUGUUCCUUCAAGACAAUUCCAUGCAUCAACUGAUCAUCCAUCAUUUCAAACCAUCUACUAUACAAGUGACGUAGAUUCAAAUAAUUAUUUAAUGAAUCAUCAGUGUUUAGGUGCAACACCUGAACAAAUACGUGAAGAAGUUGAACUGUAUAGACGUGAUUUUAAUGCAAGGUUAAUGGAUAUUUUAAUUGGUACCUUACAUGCAGUUUAUUAUGGAUGCUUUCUACCAAUGAUAUUUGUCCAGAAUGAACACUUAUAUAUUGAUUAUUGGUGGUGCAUUCAGCAUUGUUUCUUGACUGGCUUAGUAGUCUUUCUGUUACGUUGGCAUUAUUUUCUACCAUGUGAUUACAUCGAUUUGCUGCAUCGAAUUUCUAUGCAUCUGGGUAGUUGGGAGAAUUUGCUCACACGAAGUGGAUAUAUAAACGCUUUAUCAUGGUCAGCGUCUACCAUUUAUCCACAUGGGGUUGCAGUUAAACAUAUGCACGGUCUAUUUAGAUCUGUUGGAAUUAAUAACUGUGCUGAACCUGGCAAUCGACUUCAUUCACGAUUUUAUUUUCUAUUCAAUAAUCCAAAAUAUAUAAGUAGUAUAUUAAUGUGUCUUUUAUUAUUUAGUAUUAUGUAUCAAUGUAUUUGUUCAUAUUGGAUAUAUGAAUGGUAUAAAUUAAUUGGUUUAAUUAUAGAUGCAUUAUUUUGUUUUCUCAAUUUCUAUUUACAUUUACGUAAUUUAAUAUUAAUACAUUUUGUUUAUUCAUCAUCAAAAGAGAAAUUAUGUAAUAGGACAAAUUAUUUAAGUUAUUCAUUAAUUCAUUUCUUUACUUCUUCUUCUUCUUCUUCUUCUUCUUCUUCUUCUUCUUAUAAUUCAUCUACAAAUUCUAUGAUUAAUUAA